AUGAAGUUCAUUUUCGCCCUCUCCGCUCUGCUUACACUUUCCGUAGCCUCGCCUUUGGCCAACCCAAACGCGGACGCGGAGCCACAGAAAGGCAUCGACCCCGUCUGCUCUUGCAGACCUCCAAUCUGCCCGCUAGAACUCAUUGCUGAAUGUCGCUGCAAGAACAAGGCCGCCGAAGCCUGCUAUGAGAAGUGGCUCGCCGAAGGUGUCCAGUGCCCCAAGCCUACCCCCCAAGUGUGCGGACCUGUAUCGCGCCAUACCUAA